UGAGGCGUGACCUGACAAUUUCAAAACCAUUCGCGUCGCCUAGCCUAAGGAAGGGUGGAAUUGACUCCGGAUAUUUGCGCAGGCGCCCUUGGGGCGGGAGGGCCUUGCUAGGGCGUUGCGGUGUCCCGAGGCAGCUGAGCAGAAAAGGGGCGAGUUCAGUUGUCGGGCUUGGGGCGAUGCCGACUCGGUGGAACCGGGUUUUACUUAUUGGUUCACGAUGGUCCGUAGUGGAAAAAAUGGUGACCUUCAUCUUAAACAGAUUGCUUAUUAUAAACGAACUGGUGAAUAUCAUCCAACUACUCUGCCCAGUGAGAGAAGUGGCAUAAGAAGAGCAGCAAAAAAAUUUGUCUUCAAAGAAAAAAAGCUGUUUUAUGUUGGAAAAGACAGAAAACAAAAUCGUUUGGUAAUUGUUUCAGAAGAAGAAAAAAAGAAAGUCCUAAGAGAAUGCCAUGAAAAUGACUCUGGAGCCCAUCAUGGCAUAUCGAGAACCCUUACUCUAGUGGAAUCCACUUACUAUUGGACUUCUGUGACCAAUGAUGUCAAACAGUGGGUAUAUGCUUGUCAGCAUUGUCAAGUGGCAAAAAAUACAGUUAUUCUAGCACCCAAACAGCACCUUCUCAAGGUGGAAAAUCCAUGGAGCAUAGUUACUGUUGAUCUAAUGGGCCCAUUUCAUACAAGCAACAGAAGUCAUGUGUAUGCUAUAAUCAUGACAGAUUUGUUCACAAAAUGGGUUGUGAUUUUGCCUCUAUGUGAUGUUUCAGCAUCAGAAAUUUCUAAAGCUAUUAUCAAUAUAUUUUUCUUAUAUGGACCUCCUCAGAAAAUAAUAAUGGACCAAAGAGAUGAGUUCAUUCAUCAGAUCAAUGUUGAACUUCGUGGAUUGUUUGGCACAAAGCAAAUUGUAAUUUCUCAUGCCUCCCAAACUGUGAAUCCAACUGAAAGUACACCCAGCACCAUCAAAACGUUUCUCUCCAAGUACUGUGCCGACCACCCAGACAACUGGGACGACCACCUGUCAGCCGUUUCAUUUGCCUUCAAUGUGACUCAUGUGGAGUCUACUAAAAACACACCAUAUUUUCAAAUGUUUAAUCGAAAUCCUUGUGUGCCUGAGACUUCAGAUAUUCUUCGAGAAGUGGAUGGUGAUAAUACAAGUAUGUUUGCCAGAAUUCUAGGUGCAAUUAAAGAAGCUGAUAAAAUAAUGGAGAAUAAGACAACUUCAGCAGACCAGAUGGAGGACAACAAUUUUGAUGAACUAAAUAAAAGCAAAAUCAUUGUUAAAAAGAAACCAAAGCAAUUAAAUCCAUUUCAUCUAAAAGUGGGUCAUGAAGUUUUAAGACAAAGGAAGAAUUGGUGGAAGGAUGGUCGUUUUCAGUCCGAAUGGGUUGGUCCUUGUGUCAUAGAUUAUAUUACAGAAAGUGGAUGUGCAGUUCUGAGAGACAACACUGGGACUAGACUUAAAAGACCUAUCAAAAUGUCCCACCUUAAGCCGUAUGUGAGAGAAUCCAGUGAACAAGACAGUCUUUAUCUCCUGCAAGGUUCAGUAGUGGCAGAUCAUGACUACAUUGGAUUGCCUGAAAUUCCAGUUGGAGCAUACCAAGCCAGUAUUCUGGUAGAAGAUGCAACUAUUGGUGUAGUCGAGAAUGAAUUACUGACAUCAAGCAAGGAUCGUGAACUACUAGAAUACAGAAAUGCCAAAAUCUCUCCAUUGAUAGAGGAUCAUAGUACUCUUGAAAAGCAGACUUUCAGUCUUUUGGACUCUUCAAACCUUGAGUACUUAACUUAGCAAAUAACGAAAUUCAUUUAAAGUUCUUCUUUAGAAUUACAACUCCUUGAAUCUUGAUAUCUUUUCCAUUAAAAAAGGUUGUAUAGAAGACGUAUCUUUACACACUCUUAGUGACAGAUCCUAAAGGUUUAUUUUAUAACUAUUUAUUUAUGUAAAGUUGUGCCACGUUUGAAUGUCAGUGCAUAUAUAUAAAGGCAAAGGAAGUAUAUAAUAUAUAGAAUUUACUUUUUCUUCUAAAAAGAGAACAGGCAAAGCAUGCUUGCUUCUUAAGAAGUAAACUAAAUUCCAGCUCAGAACUCUCAAAUCUUUGUGUGGUAUUGAUCCAUGUUUUCAGUUUUAAUUUUUUUUUAAUAUUCCCCCCUUUUAAAAAAUAAGUUUGAACUACCUAGAAUGAGAUUAAUAAAUAUUUAUUAAACCAUAACAAUGAAUUAAGUGAAACUUCUUUGUAUCAUUGAAACUUCUAAACACAGUAUUGUAGGAAAAUAUUUAGAGUUGUUUAAUGAGGUCUUACAGGAUACUGGUACUUUUACCUUGUUGGACAGGCGUAGGAUUAGAAUCUGAAACUGUAUGUUCGUUUGAAAACAUUUGUGCAUUUCCAUAAUAUGUAUUAAAGCCAAAAGCAUCCAUUAAUAAGAUUUUUCCUGCAAUCAUAAAAAAGUAAAUAACGAUAAAAUAAUGUCAAAGAUUUUCAACUAUAAUUCCUAUGAUAUGUUUAUCUUCAUUCAACAAUAUUUGUUAUAAAGCACUUUGAAGCAUACCGUGGGAAAAUCAAAAGAUGAGUCAGAUGUGUGCCUCAUCCUCAUGAGGGACUUACAGUCUGGUGAGGAAUAUAGACCAUAUAAGCCAUGUACAAUGCAAACAAGAAGUUACUUGCUACAUUCCAUAAGAGAAGGACAAAUAAUGUACUUAAGGAGGCAAAAAAGAAAGGUUGUUUAUGAAUAGGAAACUUAGGUUUAUGCUUAUGGAAGAAGGAUCAUUUGAGUUUGACCUUGAAGAAUGUAUAGGAUUUGGUGAAAGAGUACAAAAGAAUUAGAGGAGAAGAAAUGCAGAGAAACAGAAGAGUAUUGUAAUGAUUCACAAAAGGGCAGGGAUUUUUGUUGUCCACAGUGCCUUGGGUGUAAAGUGAAGUAGUGAGGAACAGAUCAGGCUGAAAAGGGAAGUAGGAAACAUUGAAGGGCUUUGAAUAGGAUUAUGGGUUGAAUUGUUUCCCUCCCUCAAAUUCAUAAGUUGAAGUCCUAACCUGUAAUACAUCAGAAUGUGACCUUAUUUGGAAAUAAGAUUAUUGCAGAUACUAACGUUAGUUAAGGUGAGAUCGCAGUGGAUUAGAGUGGGGCCCUAAUUCAGUAUGACUCAUGUCCUUAUGAAAGGGACAGAUUUGGACACAGACUCAGGGAGAAUGCCAUGUGAAGAGGAAGGCAGAAAUUGGGGUGAUUCUUCUGUAAGCCAAGGAAUGCCAAAGAUUACCAACAAACCACGGAAACUGUGAGUGAGGCGUGGAACAGAUCCUUUCUCACAGCCCUCAGAAGGAACCAACCCUGUCAGCACCUUCGUCUCAGAUUUGGAGUCUCCAGAACUGUGAGAGAGUAAGUGUCUUUUGUUUAAACCACCACAUUUGUAGCAUUUUGUUACAGCAGCUCUAGCAAAGGGCUAAAUUAUUUUUUAUUUUCUGAGAGCUAUUGGAGGUCUUUGUAUAGGUGUCAUGAUCAGAACUUGUUUUAGGAAAUUUAACGUGGCAGCUAGUAAAGAAUUGAUUGAAGAUGAGGGAAGAAAAACAUGAGGAUUAGUUGAUAGGAUUUGCAGUGAUGAUGAGUAAUAGAAACCUGAACUAUUCUGGGAGCCUUAGUAAUGAAUGGAGCAUAUCUUAAGAUCUA